AUGGCUGAGGGCAAUGAGGGUCGGUCGCGCGAGGACGAGCUUGAUCUAGGGCAAGAAAACGAUCCCCAACAACCCGACGAUGGUGCCCUCGACCAAACAUCAGCUUCCCCGCAGGCAUCAGCGGAAGAAGAAUUGGACACGAUAGUGGAAUCGGAGGACAACGAUUCAGAGAAGACAGCGGAUCCAAAGGAUUUCCGCUUUCCAGAAACACCUCCGCCGCGACAUGCGGAGUGGAAUGGGAGCGAGUGUCUGGAUGGAACAGGGUCCAACCCCGAUGAUUCCCCGUCAUUACAUGGCUCUAUUCCAUCUUCCCUAAGCAGCAGUGCCCUCGCACUCCGAGGCUCUCCGCGAGUCAGCCCAAGCCCGGCCCGUCGCCCGUUUGACUUGCGAUUCCAGUCCCGGUUAUCUUCGUCGCCGCAAAGCGUCCCGAGAACCGGCUCACCAUUUCUAGCGCAUCUUCACUCCCGACAGUCUUCGAUCACUAGCCAUGCGUCCCCGACGCCCGAAACGGAAGCUGAACCGCAACAGGGACCUUGGGAUGUCGUGCGAUGGACAAAGUUGCGGAAGAUCACUGGGCAGGCAUUUUCAGAAAUUGGGAAGCGCAACUUCGGGCGACCAACCUGUCUCGCGGUGUCCACAUCUAUUGUGAUAGGUACAUCCAAGGGCAUAAUACUCGUGUUCGACUAUCAGCAAAGCCUGAAGGCCAUCGUCGGGACUGGUACACCAGCGGUCGAAUGCGGCGCUGUUACCUCUCUCGCAAUUUCUGCAGAUCAUUCAACCAUUGCAGGGGGCCAUGAAUCGGGCGACAUAUUUACCUGGGAGAUCACGCGCUCAGCAAAGCCUUUCCUCCAUAUACCACCAACCCCAGCCAACCUUGUCGACACUCGAACCUCCGAUGGCCACCUUUCAGGGUCUUCUGUCAUCCAUAUCGGGUUUCUUGGCACCAGGCGGACCGCAUUGGUUUCCGCCGACACACGGGGCAUGUCAUUUUCGCACCUGGCUACGAGGGGCAUGGGCGCAAUGGGACGAACGGUCAAGACAACUCGGAUACUGGGUCGAUAUCCCUCAACAUCGAUAGAGACCAAGGCGCGGAGACCUAGCUCGGUCCUUGCCUUUUCUCCUCUGCCACUGGGCAAUGUGGAGCAAUCGACUGAUUCUCUGGGUCUUGUCGCUAUGCUGACGCCAUAUCUUUUGGUCAUUGUGUCCACGACACCGGUGGCGCAAACCCAGCACAAAGCACCGCGACCUAAAGAAGUUCCUGCUCAUAGUGCCAUGACUGGCGCCUUGGCGUGGUUCCCAGCUAUUCGUUUGAAGGGCAAAGAUACCCAAACCUCGAAUACAAAGCUUGUCUACUGUUGGUCAAACGUUCUGACCGUGCUCGAAGUCACAGAGGUCAAUACAGAUGAACCUGCAGACAAAGAUAAGCCUCCCAGCCUUGAUUUCAGAGCACGUAGCAGAUGGAGGGCCGAUGAAGCCAUUGUGGCCGUGCAGUGGCUCAGUCGCUCGGUACUCGCGGUGUUUACAAUCACGCAACGACUUUUGAUCAUCGAGGAUUACUCCAUGCAUGUGACCGAUUCAAUAGACCUCGCCAACAGACACAUAUACCACGUCGAUCUCUUCUCGUCACAGCUUCAUUCGCUAGUUGAACAACUUGACGAAGAGGACGAAUCGAUGCACGGAGUAGUAGCCGAUGCAUUUCACAUGAGUUUUCGAUCUUAUAAAGGCCGUUUGUUCUUGCUGGGUUAUAAUGAAGCCUUGGUAGGCAAUCUGUCGAACUGGGCUGAUCGACUACUCGCACUUAUGGAGGCAGGUGACUUCAUUGGCGCCAUUCGACUAGCGACUUCAUAUUAUACGGGAGAGUCAGAGAAGUUGACGGUUGGGCUUCCCGAAGAGGAUAGUUUAAGACAACCUAUUGUGCAAGAGAAGCUUCUGGAAAUGAUCUCUGCAUCCCUCAAGUACGCAUUUGGUCGGAAUGCCGAAGCCAGCAGUGACCGACUUGAGACUCAGCAGCUGGAAGAGCUUGCAGAUGUGUCCAUUGCGGCCUGUAUUUUCAUGGCAGACGAAGAGUUUCUCUGGGAGGAAGUCUUCAACUGGUAUGAAGAACACGAUUCAGCGGGCAUCUUCCUGGAUGCCCUUGAACCUCGCAUCGUCGAUGGAACUCUGCGAUCGCUGCCUCCAACCGCGGUCAAGGCCUUAAUCAAUCAUUUCAUUGGAACCCACUCAGCUGGUCACUUGGAAGAGAUCAUCUGCCUUCUCGAUACUACCACAAUGGAUAUCGAUCAGGUUACAACGCUCUGCAAACAGCACAAUCUAUACGAUGCUUUCAUCUAUGUAUGGAACCAAUGUUUGAUGGACUAUGUCGGACCGCUGGAAGAGCUACUACGUCUCAUUCCCUCUAACUCGGCGCCCUUGGUCAACGGUGACUAUGCGAAUGAAAUGAGACGGCAAAACAAUGCUAUGAAGAUGUUCCCUUACUUGUCUUUCAUCUUGACGGGCCGCGUCUAUCCUAUCGGAGACGAUAUGGAUGAGGCCGUUGCCUCACGAGCCAAGACUGACUUGUAUCAAUUCAUUUUCUCGGGAAGCGGGUCCGAAACCGCGCCUGGGAAUACGGAAGGGGCAGACUCCUUCUCUCAGCUUCGAGCUAUGCUCAAAUUUGAUUCUUCCAGCUUCAUGAGCAUGCUGAACGAGGCCUUCGAGGACAGUUUUCUGAACGAGCCCGAAAACGACGCUGUUGCCGCUUCGGGCGUAUCAAUCAAUCGACAGUACCUCAUCAGCAUCUUGCUCCAGGUCAUGGCCAGCUCUUUCUUCACGCCUUUUGAAACCAUCUACCUUGAUAUGUUUGUUGCGCGCAACCUUCCAAAAUACCCUCAGUAUAUUCUCCUUUCUGGCACAACCCUCCAUCAGGUUCUGGUGCGCGUAUGUCAAUACCCCGAGCAGGAUAUGGCAGACGAUUGCGAAUUGAGCGCGGAGUAUCUGCUGUCUUUCUAUCACCCACCGGACAUCCAAAGCAUGAUUCCUUUGUUCAAAGAGGCGCGCUUUUUCCGGAUUCUCAAGUCGGUCCACCGUUCAGAGAAGCAAUAUCCGUUGUUGGUUAUGACCUAUCUGGAGGACCCGAAUGACCGCGACGGUAUCUUCACCUGCCUGCACGAUUGUCUUCGAUCAGGUUCCGGGCUGAGCAAGAAACAGAGACGAGAUGUGGUAGAUGUGAUUAAGGAGCAUGCCAAGGAUAUUGCUGCCAUUGACGUGACGCAGGCUGCACAGACAAUGCAGGACUUGGCCCCUGAAACUCACUCUACAUUCUUGCGGGUUUUGGAAGUUGAUCCUCGAAGACUAUAUGAGUACCUACUGAUCCUUGUUGAACCGCAUGCGCAAACUGCGGAAACCCGACCUCCGCCGAGUGCUGAAAACUGGAUGAUUGAGCGCUACGUGCAGCUUCUGUGUAAAUACAACCCCACUCAUGUCGCAGAAUUUGUCGAUGGAUUACGAGUCGGCGAUAUCCACCUGGAAGAGUUGCUCCCGUUCAUCGAGGAAAGCGGAGCGAUCGAUGCUGCGGUCAUCCUUCUCGCCCGACAGGGCCAAGUUCGCGAGGCCCUGGACCGACUUGUUGCACACUUACGUACCCUCGAGGCCGGCCUGGUGGGCAUCCUCCAAAGCGUACGCGACAGUCCCGAUUCCGCCAGUACCGCCGAAGCGAUCGAUGAUUUGAUCGAGUCUCUCAAUAAGUAUGCCGGCGUCGGAACCUGGCUCUGUCAGGGUCAAAGCAAAACGGCCAAGCAAUCGCACACAGGAAGCGCAAAUGGCAAACGCCAUGCGCCAACCCUCGAUCAGCCUCUAGCCUUUGAUGAAACCCUCUGGCUCGACCACAUCGAAGCCGUCGUGCGCAUCGCAAGCGAUGUCUUCGCCUUCAUUCAAGGAAACGAUACCCCAUCAGCCACCUCUCAGCAACCCACAGCCUCCCUCGGCGGCGAAAGCGACCGCCUCACUGCAGCCUUCCGCGCCCUUGUCCAGCAAGUCUUCACAGCCCUGCUAGCAAGCACCGUCAAAGGCAGCCGAACCACAACCGAACGGAACGACAUGUCCUUCCUACGCAUCCUGCGCGCGUUUCUCACCCGCGCCGCAACCUGGUCCCCCUCCCUCCUGGAACUUCGCGCCGUUCUCGCAUCCAUCUUCUCCACCUACUCCUACGAGAAAUCCCUUCUAAGUCUGGCAAACGGCAUGCUCGACCGUGACCUCUUCGUCCACGUGGACGAAGUCUCCCGCCUCCGCCAGCAGGGCUGGCGACCCCGCGGCCACGUCUGCGAGCUCUGUCACAACCGCAUCUGGGGCCCUGCAGUCGGCGAUGCGCAUUGGACGGCGUGGGAAAAGCGACGUGCAGACGCCCACGCGCAUCGCAUCGCCCGUCGCAUCGAAGAUAGCUAUAAUCCCUCCGAGCGGGGGAAGGGUAAAGCCGCUGAUAUCGGAGUCGGUCACCAUGGUGUAAGUGUCGUGUCUGGUGAGAACGUCGACCAUGGUCACGAGCAUGACCAUGAUCAUAACUCCGAUGCUGGGGUUGCCGCUGGAUCUGGACCUGGGACUCCAGCGCUUCCGGAGCAGAUUGUUGUCUUUGCUUGUCGACAUCUUUAUCACCGACGUUGCGUGCUGGGCGCUGUCAGUGCGGGCGCCCGACCUGCUGCAUCCGCGUUUCGGCGCGACCAUUUGCCCGACUGGUCGGGGGCCGAGCUAUUUUGUCCGAUUUGUAUAUAG